AUGCUGUCUGCUACUUGCGGGGUCGUGCGCAUCGGCGCUCGCCGAGUUGCCCCACGCGCUGCUGCCCUCGCCGUCACCUGUAGGCCCAGGGCCUCCUUCGGCGGAAUAACGCCCAAUAUCGUCCACGGCCGCGCGAUUGCCACCACCGGACGUCCUUCUAAUGCUCUCAACACGAACCCGAACCCCCCUCUAGGCAAGAAAAAUGCUUCCAACGAGGUACCGUCGCGGAUUGCCCUCAUUGGCGCCCGCGGUUACACCGGCCAGGCCUUGAUUGACCUUCUCAACGACCACCCUAACAUGGACCUUCGCCAUGUGUCUUCUCGAGAGCUUGUCGGACAGGAGCUCAAGGGCUAUACUAAGCGCAAGAUUAUCUACGAGAGCCUAUCUCCCGAGGAUGUUGCUCGUUUGGACAAGGAUGGCCAGGUCGACUGCUGGGUCAUGGCCUUACCCAACAAGACCUGCCAGCCCUUUGUCGAAGCAUUGAGUCAAAGCUCGAGUCUCAUCAUUGAUCUUUCGGCCGACUACCGGUUUGAUUCGACGGGGAAAUGGACCUACUCAUGCCCUGAGCUUGUGACGCGCAGUAAGAUUGCGCAGUCCACGCGCAUCAGCUGCCCGGGCUGCUAUUCAACGGGCUCUCAACUCGGUAUUGCUCCUCUUAUGCCGUAUUUGGGGGGCGUUCCUACGGUUUUUGGUGUUUCGGGAUUCUCGGGAGCUGGAACGAAGAAGAGCCCCAAGAACGACGAGACGCUUCUCAAGGAUAACCUUUUGCCUUACUCUCUUACGGGACACAUCCACGAGCGAGAAAUCAGCCACCACCUUGGGGCCCCGACGGCAUUCAUUCCUCACGUCGCUUCCUGGUUCCGCGGUAUCCAAUUGACCAUCAACAUCCCCCUGUCCAAGGAGAUGACUUCUCGAGACAUUCGCCAGAUUUACCAAGACAGAUACGCCGGCGAGAAGCUUGUCAAGGUCGUUGGCGAAGCUCCCUACGUCAAGUCGAUCCAGAACAAGCAUGGAGUUGAAAUCGGUGGGUUCGCUGUUGAUGACAGUGGCAAGCGUGUCGUUAUCUGUGCCACGAUUGAUAAUCUAAACAAGGGCGCCGCCACGCAAUGCCUGCAGAACAUGAACCUCGCCCUCGGAUACGACGAGUACCAGGGAAUUCCCAUUGAGUAG